CCGAAUUCUCAACUCCCAAAUUGCAACUCCUAACAUUUCCUCACCCACCAACUACCUCAGUCGUUUGAACUUGAAUAGAGAGAGAGAGACAAACAACAAUGGCGGCAGCGGCAGCGGCAGAUCUUGAGGAUGUCCCUUCCGUCGAUCUCAUGACGGAGCUCCUCCGCCGAAUGAAAUGCGCCGCCAAACCCGACAAACGCCUCAUCCUCAUCGGUCCACCGGGAUCGGGAAAAGGUACCCAGUCACCAAUAAUCAAGGACGAAUAUUGCUUGUGCCAUCUGGCCACUGGUGAUAUGCUUAGAGCAGCUGUUGCUGCCAAGACACCCCUUGGGGUUAAGGCCAAAGAGGCCAUGGAAAAGGGAGAACUUGUUUCUGAUGAUUUGGUUGUUGGGAUAAUAGAUGAUGCAUUGAAGAAGCCAUCUUGUCAAAAAGGUUUUAUUCUUGAUGGAUUUCCUAGGACAGUUGUCCAAGCACAAAAGCUUGAUGAGAUGCUUGAUAAACGUGGAGUCAAGGUUGACAAAGUCCUUAACUUUGCGAUUGAUGAUGCUAUCCUGGAGGAGAGAAUUACUGGUCGCUGGAUUCAUCCUUCUAGUGGUCGUACUUACCACUCGAAGUUUGCACCUCCAAAAGUGCCUGGUGUUGAUGAUGUAUCUGGGGAGCCUCUAGUUCAACGGAAAGAUGAUACAGCUGCUGUUCUGAAGUCGAGGCUGGAAGCUUUCCAUAAGCAGACUGAGCCAGUUAUUGACUACUAUAGCAAGAAGGGCGUUGUUGCUAACCUUCCGGCAGAGAAACCUCCACCAGAGGUAACAACAGAGGUGAAGAAGGUACUGUCGUCGUGAUUGAAGACUCAAGUUGUAUUCCACCCUCAAUAAACAUUUGAUGCCUGCAGUUUCUGGUCAUUUUUAUUCGGAUAUGUCACCGCGACUUAUCGGUUCCUGUACUUUACUACAAAAGCACUAGUCGGCAUUAGGUUUAGAUUUUCCUAAUACGAGUUACGAAAUUGUUUCAGGACACUUUCUGUAUGAGGCUAAAAUACAGUUUUCUCUUGGUAAUGACUACUCUCUGCAUACAUCUUGGAUUGAA